CAAAUCAUGACACAGAAGGGCAGCAUGAAGCCAGCGAAGAAUAAGAAAACUGAAGAACCUGAGUUGGAGCCCCUGUGCUGCUGCGAGUACAUAGAUCGCAAUGGGGAAAAGAACCACCUGGCGGCUUGUUUGUGUGAUUGCGAAGAUCUGGAUGAAGGGUGUGAUAGGUGGAUUACAUGUAAAUCUGUGCGGCCAGAGACUUGUGAAAGAAUCAUGGAUACAAUUUCUGAUCGCCUCCGAAUUCCUUGGCUUAGGGGAGCCAAAAAAGUUAACAUCAGCAUCAUUCCUCCUCUUGUCCUCCUGCCUGUCUUCCUUCACGUGGCUUCCUGGCAUUUCCUCCUGGGGGUGGUGGUUUUGACCUCCCUCCCUGUGCUGGCACUGUGGUACUACUACCUCACUCACAGAAGGAAAGAACAGACUCUGUUUUUCCUGAGCCUUGGCCUGUUCUCACUGGGCUACAUGUACUAUGUGUUCCUGCAGGAAGUGGUCCCCAAAGGGCGUGUGGGGCCCACUCGCCUGGCUGUUCUCACCUGCGGGUUAUUUCUGAUACUCUUAGCCUUGUACAGAGCCAAGAAGAAUCCAGGCUACCUCAGCAAUCCAGCAAGCAGUGACAGAUCUCUAAGUGGCAGCCACAUGGGAUGCCUGAACAGAAAGGGGCAGGACAAGACCAAAGGGUUCCCUGGAGCAGACACAUCAGGAAGCCUCAACAAUCGCACGCUCAAGGAUGACCUUAAGGGCUCUUCCAGGAUGUCGGCUGGAAGUCCCACCAAGGUGAAGGAGGACUGGUGUGCCAAGUGCCAGCUGGUGCGACCAGCCCGGGCAUGGCAUUGCCGGAUCUGUGGCAUCUGUGUGAAGAGAAUGGAUCAUCAUUGUGUCUGGAUAAAUAGCUGCGUUGGAGAAUCCAAUCAUCAAGCAUUUAUACUUGCCCUUUUGAUCUUCUUGCUCACCUCGGUGUAUGGGAUCACGCUGACCUUGGACACCAUUUGUAGAGAUAGAAGUGUCUUCACAGCUCUCUUCUAUUGUCCUGGAGUUUAUGCAAAUUAUAGCUCGGCUCUGUCCUUCACCUGCGUGUGGUACUCAGUGAUCAUCACAGCGGGUAUGGCCUACAUCUUCCUGAUCCAGCUGAUAAACAUCAGCUACAACGUGACCGAGAGGGAAGUCCAGCAGGCCCUUCGACAGAAGACCGGGCGCCGGCUCCUCUGCGGGCUCAUCGUGGACACGGGUAAGGUGCUAGCACACUUGUGA